CUCAGUCUUAGGUCAGUUUCGUUUCCUCGAUCCAGAGACGUCCUGCAGUAACAAACCUUUAAUGAUGGGAGCAUCUAAUGACAAACCUCUGAAAUGUCCUCUGUGUCACGAGGAAUGUCGGGAUCAGGUGACGCUGGGAUGCAAUCACAGCUUCUGUCGGGUUUGUAUCAGAGAGUUAUGGAGUGGAUCUGACACUGGACCGUAUUACUGCCCCGAGUGUAGAUAUGAGUACCAGCAGCUGCCGGACUACAUGGACGGAGCCUCGACAUCUACAGCCACAGCAAACACACAUUGGCCCUUCAAAAAGAAGCACCAUGGCCGACACUCGAAGAAAUGGCCCGGGAAGAGGAAGUUCGGUUCGGCGUUCCAUGGUGGCGGAUGGAGACUUGGCACAGCGCCAUUCAAUGACAUCAGUGACCCUGAUGUAAUCGCCAUCAAUGAUUCUGAUGAAGAAACAUCAAUACCACGGAAAAGAAAGGCCACGGCAGAUGAACGCCCAUCUGAAAGCCAGACUCCAUCAGUGGUUUGGGCGAUGACCUCUACAAGUGACACAUCGACACAACACACACCUCCAGAAACAAUGGAGAUCACAUCUCCUCAUGUAGAAUCUCCUCACACAAGUUCCUCUCAGCAAGACCAGCACACCGUGGCUUCACACGGUGACACAGGCGCACCCAGGAGAAGCAGCACGUCUCAGGGAGAGAAAGAAGAGCCACCAAAAGCCAGUGACUUACCCGCAGUCAAUUCGCUUGGAAGGCGGGAAAAGGACAGUGCUUCUAACAGUGAAUCAGCUUCCCUCAGGAUCGCGUCUACAUCAUCAGAGAGACUUUCCAGGAGCAGCUCUGUGCCGUGCCAUUACUGUCCCAGUUCAGAGCAGAAGGUGGCGGUAAAGACCUGCCUGGUUUGCGGGGCGUCCAUGUGCUCCGAGCACCUGCGCGCGCACCUGGAAAAGCCUGUGUUCCAGAACCACCCGCUUGUGGACGCCGUGGAGGACGUGUCUCUGUGGAGAUGCCAAGAGCACCAGGAGAUGAACCGGAUCUACUGCCGAUCAUGUGCAGUGUGUGUUUGCACUGUGUGUUCCCUGGUCGGGUCGCACAAGGGGCACGAGUGCAUCAGCAUCCGCGAGGCAGAGCAGGAGCUCAGGGGCUCACUGAAGGAUGAGAUGCAAAAAAUACAAAAAACGGAAAAGUCCAUUCAGGAAAAACUCUCUGAGCUCAGUGAGAAAAAACAUGGUGUCCAGACGGGGCUGGAGGACAUGCGGGCUGCUGUUUUACAGCAGUAUCAGGUGAUGCGAGAGGCUCUGGAGCACGAGGAGGGACAGGCGUUACGCUGCGUGGCCCAGGAAGAGCACAGAGUGCUGGGAAGCAUUGACAAGCAGCUGGACACGUUACAGGGCGCCUUAACAUCCAGCCAGACCAUUUUAAACACCUUGCAGGGAAUCACCAAUGCUGAGCGGGUGUCACAGUACCAGGACCAGGCCUUCAUCAUGGAAUACAGCAAAAUAGCAGGACAACUGACUGCACUCUCUGACCCUGUGCAAACCCUCCAGCCUCCUCAGGAGAUAAACCAAGACCGACUGGACUGUCUUCAUGAGUGGACCGAGAGGAGACUGGAGACUGUGCUCAUAACACUGCCUCACCGAGACCCUUUCAGACUGCUGUAUGGGAUAAGCCCAAAUCUGGAUCCUGAUACUGCCCAUCCAAAGCUGCUGCUGUCGAAUGAAAACCGUACGGUGGAGUACAGCGAGACCCCGCAGGACUACAGCGAGCAGGAGACACGCUUUAACAUUUUUCCACAGGUGCUGGGCUCUCGUGCCAUAGACGGGGGCUGCUGCUACUGGGAAGUGGAGGUCUCUCUGGAUGAGGGCCGCUGGAAGCUGGGCGUCUGUGAUGGACAGAUUGGCAGGAAGGGGCAAAAGGACGUCUGCCGUAUUGGCUUCUACCCCAAUUCUUGGUGUUUAAUUUAUGAGAAGGGAAAGGUGGAAGCUCUGCACGAUAAGGUGGCUUCACCUGUGUGUGCCGCUGAACUUGGGAAGGUAGGAGUGCUGCUGGAUUUUAACGAAGGUCGCUUGUCUUUUUAUAGCGUGGCCAGGGAAGGAGCUCUUUCUUUGCUGUACAGUUUUGAGCAUAAGUUCACCGAGCCCUUGUAUCCGGCGCUGGCGGUUUCUAAAACUCAGCUCAGCAUCUGUGAUAUAUUUACCAAGACCACUGCAGACUAGACGGUGUUAUGACACUUUAAAAAUUAAUCACUUUUACAUUCCAUAAAACAUCAUUGCUGAGGUCUUGAUGAUUUUUAAUGGGGAAGAUUUACAUAUCUGAGCCAUUUCCAUUCCAAAUAUAUGCUUUAUGCAUUUAUAUAUCAUCUGGAAUGGUGUUUUUUCAAAACAAUCUUGCACAGCUUUUUAACUUUUUUCAACCAUUUCUCGAUCUUUUUUAAAAAUAUUUUUUAUUUUUAUUACUUUGAUAAUUUUAGAUUAAUAAUUUUGUAUUUUUUAUGUUAAGUCAAAUAUAAAUGUCCAUUGUAUUUUUGUGUAUACUUAAAUAAACCGAAGGCCAGGAUCAAUAUUUUUCAGUAAUAAAAAAUUUCAAACGUUACUCGAUUUUAUAGUAGAUAUACUAGCAUAUCUAUAUCAUUCCAUGUUGAUAUACUGUUGCGAGUUGAUGGAUAUUGCAUUUUAACUCUAGGUGGCAGUAUUGUUCAGUAUAUAAUUUGAAAUGUUUUUCUUUCGACUGUGCAGUAAGGCUUAUGGAAUUAAAUUAAGAUUUUUCUUAAAAAGUUUCAAGUUUAUCUGCUUCACAGAUGUUUAACAGCACACAUAUAUUCUUCAUGAAUUACCUGUGAGAUGUUUCUUGAUAAAGCCUGUGUUGGCACAAAAGCUUUUCUUGUUUCGUAUGUUUUGUUAAUAAGGAUCGGAUGUGCACUUUUAUUUUCAUUUAAGCCACUGGUGGGAGAUGUCCUUCAGGAGUCAUCUGUUCUAAACACUGCUUUCACAAUUCAAUUCAUUUCAGGUCAGUACAAAUUAGAGCCCUGGCUGUUAAUAAAGAAAAAUACUGAGUGAA